AACUGUUCGUCCUUCAUCCCUCAUCUAAAGCUCGUGUUACAACAGCAGCUUCCUGCAUCUAUCUGUUACUCCUGUUACUGCACGUACACAGCAACAACCUGUCAACAUGACUCAUGCAUAUCCAUUCCUGACUCCUGAGCAGAAGAAGGAGCUCAGUGAUAUUGCUCAGAGGAUUGUAGCUCCUGGGAAAGGCAUCCUGGCAGCUGAUGAAUCCACAGGCAGUGUGGCCAAGCGCUUCCAGAGCAUCAACGCUGAGAACACAGAGGAGAACAGGAGACUUUACCGCCAGCUUCUCUUCACUGCUGACGACAGGGUCAAACCCUGCAUCGGCGGCGUCAUAUUCUUCCACGAGACACUCUACCAAAAGACAGACGACGGCAAGCUCUUUCCCCAGCUGGUCAAAGAGAAGGGCAUGGUGGUGGGCAUCAAGGUGGACAAGGGUGUGGUUCCACUUGCCGGCACCAAUGGAGAGACCACCACCCAAGGUCUGGAUGGACUCUAUGAGCGCUGUGCUCAGUACAAGAAGGAUGGCGCUGACUUCGCCAAGUGGCGUUGUGUGUUAAAGAUCACCCCCAACACCCCAUCCAGCCUGGCCAUCAUGGAGAAUGCCAAUGUACUAGCCCGCUAUGCCAGCAUCUGCCAGAUGCAUGGCAUUGUGCCCAUCGUGGAGCCUGAGAUUCUCCCAGAUGGUGACCAUGACCUGCAGCGCUGUCAGUAUGUGACCGAGAAGGUGUUGGCAGCUGUCUACAAGGCUCUGUCUGACCACCAUGUUUAUCUGGAAGGCACACUGCUCAAGCCCAACAUGGUGACCGCUGGACACUCCUGCCCCAAAAAGUACAGUCCUCAGGAGAUCGCCAUGGCAACUGUCACCGCCCUGCGUCGCACCGUACCCCCUGCUGUGCCAGGUGUGACUUUCCUGUCAGGCGGCCAGAGUGAGGAGGAGGCCUCCAUCAACCUGAAUGCCAUCAACCAGUGUCCCCUUCACCGUCCCUGGGCCCUCACCUUCUCCUAUGGCCGUGCCCUGCAGGCCUCUGCACUGAAGGCCUGGGGAGGCAAGAAGGAGAAUGGCAAGGCCUGCCAGGAAGAGUAUAUCAAAAGAGCUCUGAAUAACAGCCAGGCAGCUCUUGGGAAGUACUUGUCCUCUGGAGAUAAGGGAGCAGCAGCUCAGGAGUCUCUGUUUGUGGCCAAUCAUGCUUACUGAAGUCAGCCAGGCUGCUCCUUUUCAGCACACUUCAUCCUCAUUCCACCCUGUCACUCCCUCACUUACUAAUUAUUCUACAUCACUCCAUUUGUAAAGAGACUAAAAGUGUUCCCAGCUAAGAAAACAUGAUUUUAAAUAGAUGACACUCCAGUUGUAUCCUUUCCUCAAGCUUUUGACUUGUAAAGUCAGUGUUACUGUACUGCCUAAUUGUUUGUGUUGUGUCACUUUAUUUUGUGUUUGCACAUUUAAACCCCACAGAAAGAAAGAGUUCCCCUACAGAGUCUUCCUCAGUUUGUAUUCCAUCUGUGGUUUCUGACAUUGUAUGAUUCUUAAGUACACGUGCCUUCAUUUCUAAAGUGUACCAGCAGCAAGAGUGAGACUUCAGAGACGAUGUAAUGCAUGUACUACUACAAUGUAUACACUGGAAAGAGCCUGAAAUUAAAAUAUCCCACAAC